GGCUGCUCGUCCUGCUCUGCCUGCGCUUCCGGGCUGUCUGCUGUGCUUGUGCCUUCGCUGCUUCUUGCAGGUGUCCAUAUAUCUCUGAACGCUCCUGCUAUAGUGCUUGCUCGCCCUUCAUGACGUCGACUUCGGAGCCUAAUCACCCCGUGGUUUUCACCACGCAAACUCCCUACCCCUUGCCGUCCCAAAAGUUCAUGAUUCCAACUUCAUGGAAGCGCUACCAGCUAUCUCAGCUUGUGAACAAGGCGCUUUCACUACCAAGGCCUAUCCCGUUUGAGUUCCUUGUUCGAGGAGAGAUUCUCCGCGGAACGUUAGCAGAAUGGUGUGCCGAGAGCGGUGUCGGAGAGGAAGAGACUCUUGAGAUAGAGUAUUUUGAGUCGGUUAUGCCGCCUCAGCGGAUGUCCUCUCUCCCUCACGAAGACUGGGUUUCUUCGAUAUCAUGUCAAACACUUGGGCACUUCCUCACUGCUUCGUACGAUGGCGCCAUCCGUGUCUUUGACUACCCCCAAAAACUCCUCCAGACUGUCUCUGUACAUCCCGUGCCCAUCACUUCGAUAGCCGUCGUUCCCUCCGACUCGCCCGACUCGCAUCUCAUCGCUAGCGCAUCGCACGACCUCACUGCACGUCUGACUCGGGUCGAUCUCUCACAAACCGCCGGCCCUUCGAAAGCACAGACUGUCGCGUCUCUGCACCUCCACACCGCCCCCGUCUCCUCCGUCGCCGCGAACGCCUCGGGCUCGCAUAUACUAACUUCAUCGUGGGACGGCCUCAUUGGUCUCUUCGACUCGUCAGUACCGACUACGGACGAAGUCCCUGCGGACAACACUGCCAACGGAGACCGCAAAAAACGCCGCAAGGUCGGGGAAGAUGGCGACCCCGCGCGUCCAAAACGCAAAGCGCCCACUGCAGUGCUGAAGAGCCACACCGCGCGUGUGUCUCGCGUCGUCUUCGGUCGCGACGCGAAGGGCACGAGCGCGUUCAGCUGUGGGUUCGACUCGACGGUACGCACGUGGGACGUCGAGAACGGCGUUUGCACCGGGACGAUUACUGCUUCCACAAAGCCCUUCCUCGACCUUGCGCUCUCCCGCGACGGCUCUACUGCUCUCGCAGCCUCGACAGACCGCACAGUCUCCCAAUAUGACCUCCGUGCCGCGAUGACCUCCGCGACGACCCCGUCGAUUGCCUCCCUCGCGCAUCCCGCGACCCCAUCUUGUAUCGCCGUCUCCCCAGCCGAGGGGAGCGAGCAGCAGCUUGUGACGGGCGCAUACGACGGGGUGGUGCGGCUAUGGGAUUUGAGGAGCACGAAGAGCGCAGUGGCAGCGUUCAGGGCGUGGGAGGAUAGGAAGGAGGGGGGGAGGAAGGUACUAAGUGUGGACUGGGCGAGGGGGCUGGUCGGGGUUGGCGGCGAGGGUGGGGUAGAGGUGUGGAAGGUCGGGGAAGGAGAGCGGCUGUCCAUCUCGUCCUGAUGGACGGAGGUCUCCAGAAUACGUGCUCGACGUGUGAAGCGUUGUGUAUAAUUGCACGCUGCACCAUCAUAUAAGUAGCAACAGAAGCGGACAAAGCGGGAACAGUGAGUGAUUGUUGAUAUCGACUUCCUGUGUGGUAUGGAACCAGGUAUCUGUUUGAAGUAGUUAUCCGGUGACCAUCUCGUCGAACACGUCAAAUAGUCCCACAGUCGCCUUGAGCUGUGGAACGUACUCACAGCUGCCUGUAGGGAGCAGAAUAUUGAAGCAUUUGACUCCGUGAUUACGUUGCCAUGUCAGGCUGCCAUAACAUAAAGGGUCGUGGGCCCCGCAUGGGUGUAAGGUGCGUCGUCUCUAUUGUGCUACAUCUCGGACAUGUCUCGAACUACGACGUACAAGUUUUGCGAGGUAUUAGGAUCUUCAGACGACGCGUUCUGUGCUCCAGUCUUCUGUGAACCCUUGUCCUCCGACAAUGGCGAUCUUGCUUGUGCAGUCGUCCCGGAUGAGGCCGCGGGUGUCCCCAUAGCUACGAUUGUUGCACCGCAAACGGACCUUACCGCUGCGUCGAUUUUAUCCACUGGUACUUUGAAUAUCGGGACUGGACAUGGAGAUAUAGCUUCAACUCUCUUCUUUUUCUUGCACACAUCUACUACCACGGCCUUGGCGACUAC